AUGGCAGACGUCGUGAACCUGCAGGGUCAGAUCGAGACCGCGAAGAAGAAUGCCGAGGAAGCAAUAGCAAAGCUCGAUGCUGCGAACACGGAGACCGCGGAAGCGAAGGCAGAGCUCGAGGCCGCGAAGAAGGACAUCGACAACGUGAGAGCAGAGCUCGAGGCCGCGAAGAAGGACACCGACAACGUAAGAGCAGAGCUCAGGAAUGAGACCGAGAGAGCGAGCGCGGAGCUUGAAGCUGCGAAAGAGGGAGCGAGAGCAGAAAUUAGAGACGCGAGAAAAGCGGCCGAGAAAGCGAGAGCAGAGCUUGAGGCUGCGAAAGAGCGCACCGACAACGCAAGAGCAGAGCUUCAUGCCGAGAAGACCAAGAACGACCAAUUGAGCAGCGAGGGCAAUCUGCUCCACAACGAGGCCGCCGAAUUCCAGCAGAAGUUAGUGGAGGAACAAGAAAGAGUCAAGAAUCUCGAGGCCGAGGCGAAUCGCGUGAAGAAGAUUUCCACAGGUGCUGCUGAAGAAGCGAAGCAAGCAGCUGGCCGGGAACGCGAUGCAGCCGAGGAGAUCAAGAAGCUCCAAACGCAGCUCCAGCAAGAGAAGGCGAAAGUCACGGCUUUGGAUGAGCUUGUCAAGAACUACGAUAGCGAGCUCAAAGAGAAGGUACAGGAGCAUCGAAAGGAACGAGGCGCGGCAGGCGAGCUCGAAGGCCGUCUGCGCGCUGCGGAGGAGGAACUUAGGCAGGAGCGCGAGGAGAAGAAAGAAGAGCUAGCGAUCGCCGAAAAUGAGCACGCAACGCUCGAGCUCAUAAAGGAGAAGCUCGCAGGAACCUUCGAGCAAAUGAACAGAGAUCUGACCCCCGAAGCAAUCCUUAACUACAUUGACGAUACCAUUGAAGAGUCGCGGCUCCCGAAGGCACCCUCGAACCUCAGCCUCAAUUCAGAAUGGCAGACUGGUGCACGCGCUAAGGGCGGUGCUCGCAAGGUCUCCAUGGGUGAUGAGCUAGACAAGGCCGAAGACUCGGUAGACGACGAUGGAUAUCAAGAUGACGCAGGGUACAUCGAUGAUCUGGAGGGCAUCAAUAAGACGCUCCGGGAAGAUUACGCGAAUCUGCUAUCGGAGGUAGAGGCAUUGCAGGCGAACAUGGAAGAAUUGCGAGCAAACACCAAGACACUGCAGGCGGACCUCCAGAAGCAGCAGUCAGAGAACGCAAAGCUGCAAGCAGAGCGCAAGGACAGCAAGCAGCUCGACACACCACCCACCCUCACGCCGAUGAAAGAGGCAUCUGAGAUCGUUGCUGAACAGGCCAACGCCGGACAGACCAAGAAAACCACCACGGGCGCUGAGUCCACAGACAACGGACAGAAGGUCAAGACGAUCACCAAGAUCGUGGAGAAGCCGGUCGAGCGUUUGGUAACGGAGCCAGCGCGGCAUCCCACCAGCUUCUUUGACAUCUUCGUCAACGCACCAUGGCACCUCAAGCUCGUCUGGCUGUUGAUGCUCAUCGGCUUCGUGUACAAUUUCUACUUGACGUGGACCGAGCGACGCAUGUGGCUCGACGCCAACGAGAAGCCUUGGCUCUACCACGAGUACAUGGCCCGUCAAGCCGAGUCGAUCUUCCCACUCUUCAGCUUCAACCCAGAGGGUCCAUGGAUCGACUGGAUCGAAUACGAAGUACUCGGCUACCUGAGGGUUCUGCCAGGAUAG